UAUUUUCUGAGUAUAAAUAAGUGCUGGAUACUGACUACUGGCAAUGACACAUUGUAUGUGGGAAGGUGGCAACUUCAGAACGGCACAGGAAGACAACGGUUGACUACAAAGGCGCGAGGAAUGCCUCAGUCUGAGAGAGAGAGUGACAAAAGAGUGAGUGGGAGAGAAAAUGAACGACAGCCAGCAAUGAAAGAAGAGCGUGACGCAUCUCCCCCUCUGGUAAACGAAUCGUCGUCACCUCGGCGCAUAGAACAUCUCUCUUCUGGAGUACGUUCUAGAGCUGCUGAUGAGGAACGGAUGCAGUUUCUUCAGCUGGUGUUUCAGAAUUCUCAGACCGGCCCGAUCAGGCCGUCUGUACUUCGCUCUACGGCUCUCCUGCUUCAGGCAAAUGAGAGUAAUCCAACAGUCAUGAACAGAAGAAAAGAUGCAGGCCACAGUGCACAGAUUUCCAUCCAAGCUGUUGCUGAAUCAAGCCAGCACAGGAAACAAUCUUCCAGCUUUCAUUCUCACAGCCCUGUCGAGUCAGAAAUCCAGAGAUCCAACUCUCUUUUUGUAAACGGACAAUGUCGCUGGCCAGGCUGUGACAAAGUGUUUGAAGGCUAUACACAUUUUCUGAGACAUCUGAACCGAGACCACAGCACAGAUGAGAAAACGAUUGCGCAGUGGCGAGUUCAGCAAGACCUGGUACGCCACAUGGAGAAUCAGCUCAUACAGGAGAAGCAGAAACUUCACGCCAUGCAGCUUCACCUUCAACUGUUCGAACGCAUCUCGACACGUACCGGUGUCGGUACGGGCUGGUGGAGGCCGCUGGCACUAAAUUUGCCCCCGUCGGGGGAGCCAGAUGGCAGGACAGAGAGAGCUAGUGAAGCACUGCUACGACAGGAACCCUGGCACAUACCCCCACCACACCUGCUGCCAGAUUUUGUUAGCAGUGUUGAAUACUACAAAUAUGCCAAUAUUCGACCUCCAUAUACAUAUGCUUUCUUAAUCAGAUGGUCAAUCCUGGAAGCCCCAGACAAACAGCGGACGCUAAACGAAAUUUACAACUGGUUCACAAGAAUGUUCUUCUACUUCCGUCAUAAUUCUCCUACAUGGAAGAAUGCUGUUCGACACAACCUUAGUCUCCACAAAUGCUUUGUGCGGGUAGACGGGAGGACGGGGGCGGUGUGGACAGUAGACGAGGAAGAGUUUCAGAAGAGAAAAGGGCAGAAAAUCCACAGGGACUACACUUUGAAAUGGCUGACGCCCGUCUCCCAUUGUCCAUCCCAUGAAGCCUCAGAUGUAUCAAUAAAAGCCAAUAAAAACGUUUAGUGUAGUAUGCAGUUCAAUUGUAGAUAUUCAAUUUUUAGGUUUGAUCCUUAAAUAAGGGUAUAUUAUAAUACUCAUUUUUGUAUCUCGAUCUGAAAAAAUUCAACUAGUCUUCCUUAAAAUAUGACUUUACUCUUGCUUUAUGUAAUUUUAUGUAUGUAAUGUAUGUAAGUCUUGAAAAAAUUAUAAAUGUUUAGUCUGUAUACCAGUCGAAAUGUUUUGAACAGUAAGAUUUUGAGUGUUUUUAAAGAAGUCUCUUCUCCUCGCCAAGCCUGCAUUUAUCUGAUUCAAAGUACAAUCUGUAAAAUUUAGAAAUAUUUUUACAAUUUCAAAUUUAAAAUGUUUUCUAUUUGAAUAUAUUUUCAAAUAUAAUUUAUUCCUGCGAUCAAAGCUACAUUUUCAGCAUCAUUACAGUCUUCAGUGUCACAUGAUCCAUCAGAAAUCAUUCUAAUAUGCUGAUUUGCUGUUCAAGAAACAUUUAAUUAUUAUUAUUAUCAAUAUUUAAAACAGAUGAGUACAUUUUUCAGGAUUAUUUGAGGAAUAAAAAGAUCCAAAGAUCAGCAUUUAUCUGAAAUAAAAAGCUUUUGCAACAUUUUACACUACCAUUCAAAAGCUUGAAGUCAGUAUAUAUAUAGCAAGGAUGAUUUAAAUUGAUCAAAAGUGAUGAUAAAGACAUUUAUAACGUUACAAAAGAUUUCUGUAUCAGAUAAAUGCGUUUUUCUGAAUUUUCCAUUCAUCAAAGAAACCUUAAAAAAGUCAACUCAGCUGUGUUCAACAUAAUAAUAAUAAUAAUAAACGUUUUUUUGAGCAGAUAAUCAGAGUAUUAGAUUGGUUUCUGAAGGAUCAUGUAAUUGGUAAAAAUUCAGCAUUAAAAUCACAGGAAUAAAUUACAUUUUAAAAUGUAUUCAAAUAGAAAUCAGUUUUAAAUUUUAAAUAGGAAAAUAAAAUAGUAAUAGUAAAAUUAGUAAAAUAGUAAAAACAUUUCAGACAUUUCAAAAUUGUACUGUUUUUACUGUAUUUUGGAUCAAAUGCUUGGUGAGCAGAAGAGACUUCUUUAAAAAAAACAUUACAAAUCUUACUGUUCAAAAACAUUUGACUGGUAGUGUACAUAUGAAUGAAUGUAAGCAUUUCUUCAGUGUAACAUUUUUAUGUGCUGUACUAUGUCUGGUUAAAAUUAUUAAAAAUG